UUAAGUAAGCUUGCAGCGAUAUGUAACGAUUUAGUACAAUUCGAGACGCGGAAUAGUUUAGAUCGUCUGAUUGGUAAGAGGUUGGACAGAAAAUUCUGCCGACACAUAUAACAUCCAAUGAGAAGAACUGUUCAGUCAAGGUCCAACCGUGGACAUAAUAGCAACGUGGAUCUUAUCAAAACCUUCUUCCUACAAUGUGCCUAGUUGUUAUGAAUGUGUAGUUAAGAAAGUGGGUGUUAUUCUUAUCAUUCGCGAUAGUUCCUUGCUGGUUGCAUGGUGGCCAUGCACUCAUAUGCGUACGUAAUGAGUUCAAUUGAACGAGACAAGUAAAUGUCCCGAGGAUACACCAUUAAGCUCGACUCCGAAGGCGUAAAAUGACAUCGAUUUUUCCGUUAACCAGCAUCAUCGGUCAUCUAUUAGCCUUCCAAAGGAAAGUUUGGUGAUUACGUCAUUUUUGUUCAAGGAACGAACUACCAGAAUACCACCUACAAUUUUCUGACGCUGUGAUAUUAUUUUUACUAUAGAAGAAGAAAUCGUUUCCAUUGUUUUAUCGUAAUCGCAAGUGAUCGUGAGUGAAUGUGUUGGUCAACUGUCGAAGCCAAAGCUGUUGGUGAAGCUGAUUAUAGAAGAAGCUGGCUUUUGGCAUCUAGGAAGAUACUCUGUGUAUGAGACGAAAUCGAUACAGAUCUUGAAUAAUCGCGAAUGUUAGACCAUCAGUUAGUGUAAACAACGAACAAAAUGACAGGAAAGGAAACUUCCGCAUUGGUAGACAAAGGUCCAUUGCCCAAGAUAGUGGCCAUCAACGAGAAAGGGACCGCACUACCCAAUCUUGAGGGCCAACCAAGUAAGAGUGAGCGAGGAAAAGCCUUACGACAGGUCAUUGCCGCCUUCAUCGCCAACAUUGGCACCAUCAACACUGGACUGAUCUUUGGCUUCUCUGCUGUCGUUGUCCCACAACUACAAGCCCCAGACACGCUUAUUCCUGUAGACGAAAGCCAAUCGUCAUGGGUCGCAUCCCUAUCAGCAAUCGGCACUCCGAUCGGGUGCUUGUUGAGCGGAUACGUGAUGGAUAACUUUGGACGUAAAAGGGCCCUUCUACUGACCGAGAUCCCCAUGAUCAUUGGUUGGAUUGUGAUAGCGUGCGCGACCAAUGUGGAGAUGAUAUACGCAGGCCGCAUUCUAACUGGCUUCGGGUCCGGAAUGGUUGGUGCUCCAGCCCGAGUCUACACCUCAGAAGUAACCCAACCUCAUCUACGAGGAAUGCUUUGCGCACUUGCAUCAACCGGUAUCAGCUUGGGAGUGCUACUACAAUAUACACUUGGAGCAUUCACGACAUGGAAAAUACUUUCUGCAAUCUCAGCUUCAGUGCCCAUAUUAGCUUUUGUGUUGAUGCUGUUCAUGCCAGAGUCUCCCAACUAUCUGGUGACCAAGAACAAAUCAGACGAAGCACUUAAGAGCCUUGCUAUGCUACGAGGAUCUACUUACAACUUGGAACGAGAAGUGAAUCAACUGCAAGCGUUUGCACAAAAAAGUAAUCAAAAGAAAAAAUUAACGCCGAAGGAAACCAUUCAAGCUCUGUUGCAUCCGUCCUGUUUGAAGCCAUUCGGGAUUCUGACCAUCUACUUCAUGAUGUAUCAGUUCAGUGGUGUCAAUACUAUCACUUUUUACGCUGUGGAAAUUUUCCGCGAUUCAGGCACUACAAUAGACAAAUACACAUGCACGAUUCUUCUUGGUGCAGUGCGAUUUAUUUUCACUAUCAUUGCUGCAAUUCUCUUACGAAGAUGUGGACGACGACCGUUGACCUUUAUCUCUGGUAUCGGAUGUGGAUUCACGAUGAUCGGUCUCGGAACUUAUUUAUACUUCAAGAAGUCAUGGGAAAUGGCAGACCCUCCGAUUGAUCCUGUUGCUACGUGGUUUCCAGUGGCAUGUAUAUUUCUGUUUACCAUUACUUGUACUCUGGGUUUUUUGGUCGUGCCAUGGGUCAUGAUAGGUGAGCUUUAUCCUAUGAGCGUGCGAGGCAUCGUAGGCGGCUUCACCACUUGCAUGGCGCAUACUUUCGUUUUUAUCGUUGUCAAGACUUAUCCACUGCUCUCGCAUUUGUUGGAGCGGCAUGGAGCAUUCAUCCUGUAUGGAUGCAUUUCAUUUAUAGGAACUGUCUUCUUCUACCUCUGCUUGCCGGAAACUAAAGGAAAAACGCUACAGGAGAUCGAAGACUAUUUCUCGGGCCGCAUACAAUCGUUGAAGAAGUCGAAACAACUCGAGGCCGAAGGAAAAUUGUGUAACAACAUCAAGCCUCAAUUACUGACAGUGGAAAAAAACAAGUUGCUUCCCUGAAAUAUGUUCAUCCAUCAAACCGUGCCAUAUAAAAUGCUACAAGUAUUCUUAAAACUGGAAGGUGAUAUUCCUAUUCUCCCUUUUUUUAAACCGAUGUUCUACAAAUCAACAGAAAUCAGCGCUUAUCAACGAGUUUGUAAACUGACAAAAGAAUCUAGAACGAGUUGUAUAUUCGAUGGUCUAUAUUAGAUUGUUCAUUGGCUAACUUCUUUUUUCAUAGUAUUAAACUAAUUAUUGAUUAACAAAUAGACCUUGUUGAUUGCUCCCUUUCAAAGUGUGCCACGAAAAUGAAAAAUAUUGAUCUGAUUGUUCAGGGGGAAAAUUUAUACGUAACUCAGGAAUACCACGAAGUGCUUUAAAGAUAGAAUCAUGCGUGAAAUGUAGGAUUAUAAGCUGACAAAUUAGAAUAAAUGGUCAUCCUGUUGUUGCCAAAAUUUAUUUCAUUGUGAUAUAAGAUUUCAAUUACUGCGACGAACAAUAGUUGACUUUAAUGAGAAGAUACAUGAUAGUUAAGUGAUUGAUGUUAGGUACUUAAUAGGAUAUUAUACGAUACAAGCUAACGGUGCCACACGUGAUGUUUAUUCUAAUAAUUUCGAAAUAAAAAAAACAUACAUUAUUCUGGAUAUUAA